CUGGUUGGCACACACUGCAACUACCACUACUACAUUGAAAUAUUUUUUUAGGUUGUUGAAGUUUGUUGGUUCACAUUUUGUGUGCUGAUUAGUAAUGAGUUGAGUUUGAUUGUUAAUGUCAAUGUUUUUGAGGUUUUUAUUUGUCUGUUCUUUUUAAGUAUAGUUAUUAGUUUGUCUGUCGGCUCAUUUAAGUUGGUGUUCAUUUGUUUUGGUAAGUUGCUCGACAGUGUAGUGUAGUGUAGUGUAGUGUAAUUUCGAAUAGCUUGUUUGUUCCAAUUAGUUUGAUGGCGGUUAGUUUGUUGUAGUUAGUUUCCAAUUUUUAGAUUAGCUAGUUAUACCUUGUUUAUUUGAAGGACUUAUCAGGUUGUUUGUUGGACUUGUUUUAAAUAUUUAUUCCAUUUAGUUUGUUAGCCUCAUUUGAUUUUGUUUUCCUGUUUUUUUGAAUUUAUGUUGUCAAACAGUUUGAGUUUCGAUCAUGGUUGUCUCACCCUACAUUCGUGCUGUGACCUACAAAAGUAGAACAGUACCAAAAUCAUACCAUUCCCAGACUAAAUCUACAUAUUAAAAAGACAGAAUAAAGAUUAAAAAGUCCUUCCAUCCAUUUUCUGUACCGCUUGAAGUGAAGCUGAAAAAAUAAAAUACACAUAUCUUAUUAGCUAACUUAUUGAAACUUGCAAUGUAGUGGAUUUUUUUUUUGCAGUCUGCGGUAUAUCAAAAAGCCUGCUUGGUGGUAUGCGUGACAUGAAAAAGCAGCGAUGGAAACCGAGAGCUCCACAGAUGGGUUUCCGCGUAUCACAACUCUAUAUGUCAUGAGGGGAAGUCCGUUGAUUAUAAUUAAUAUUGGUGCUUGACGUAAACUACUUUUCCCACUCUAUCUCCAUGGCUGCUGGCAACGGCACCGUCGGUAAUCAGAGCAACUGCGAUGUGCUCGUCUACCAGGAAGCCGCCAUGGUUCUCGUCCCAGUUUUCUACUCUCUGGUUUUCAUUUUCAGCUUGUUCGGCAAUGUUUUGGUCGUGGUGGUGAUCUGCCAGGGACGGCAGAAGUUAAACUCUACCGCUGUAUAUCUGCUCAACCUGGCCUUGUCGGACUGCCUGUUCACGCUGACACUACCGGGCAGGAUCGUUUACUACAUCCGCCGCUUUGACUGGCCCUUUGGUGACCUACUCUGCAGGAUUAGCACACUCCUCUUUUACACCAACACAUAUGCAGGUAUUGCCUUCAUGACCUGCAUCAGCCUGGAUCGCUAUCUGGCUGUGGUACACCCUCAGCGGCUGCACUGCCCGCGUCGGGUCAAGAUGGUCCGCCGGAUCUGUUGCUUGGUUUGGGCUCUAGUGUCCGCUCAGGUUGCUCCUCUGCUGUUCCGCAACAUGCUGCAGCAUCACGAUGGCAGACGGACCUGCAUGGAGUACUUCAACCUCAAUAGCUCCCGGUGGAUGCCGUAUUUCCUGAUCUUGGGAUGUGUCAUCUCCUUCUGCUGCCCGCUUGCUGCCAUCCUGACCUCCUACGUCAGCGUCCACCUGAAGUUGCGGGCGGCAGCCGAGCGGAACCCCGCCUCGAGAAAGAACCAACGAACCAACGUCAUCAUCCUCCUCAUCCUGCUCACCUUCAUUGUGUGCUUCAGCCCGUACCACCUCAACGUGAUGCAGUUCAUGUGCCGAAGUAUUCACCAUGAGGUCUCGUGUGAGGAGCAGAGGGGCUUUAAGUUGUCUUCCCAAAUUACUGUCUUGCUCAUGAAUUUCAACUGCUGCUUGGACCCGAUCAUCUACUUCUUCGCCAUUAAGACCCACAAGGAAAUGUUGAGCCUUCUUAAGGGCCGCCUGUGCCCUUCCUCCAACGCUACCUCAUCCGAAAGAGCCAAAAGCACCAGCAGCAACAGCUGAGAAAUCAACACAGCGUAAUCCAGGGGUGUCAAACUCAUCUUUUUGGCGGGCCCCAUUGUAGUCAUAGCUUCUUUCGGAGGGCCAACCCAAAUAAAUGUAUGAGCACCUCAUAUUCAUAUAUAUAUAUAUAUCCAGUAAAAGCUACAAAAUAAACUGACAAAUAACUCGUUUUCAAAUCAGACAAGUGAAAACUGGUCAAAUAUUAAAAAAAAAAAAAGUGAAGACAAUUUGCAAUUCUAAUAAUGACACGAAUUUGGUGCACAAUUUGUCUUCGCGGGGCCACAUAAAAUAAUGUGGAGGGCCAUAUCUGGCCCCCGUGCCUUGAGUUUGACACCUGUGGCGUAAUCCAUCAAGCUUUUAUCACUACUGUUGUUUUGGUGCAACCUAAUAUUUGAUAAAUAUUUUUAAUACCUUCCCUGUAUAUUUGGCAGAACACUCUUGUCAAAGACGCUUUUGGUACAUUUGUGACAAAAUUGAGCCAAUUAAAUUCAACUCGACAACAUCA